AUGCGUUUAAUUGACGAACAUCCUGAACCACCAAAAGAUGGUACCAACAUCGAGGUCCUUGUCCUGGGCAUGCCACGCACCGGAACGCUCUGGUACAAGCCGUUCCACGCUAGCAUGAUGGAGCAGUAUCCCCAGCUACUCCCACUGUACAUGGAGGCGAUGCAGGCCAAGUUCGAACAUACGGUAAGACCUUACGGCCGAGAGGAAUUCGACAAAUUGUUCUUGGGCAAAUGGGACGUCUCGUGUAACAUGCCUGGGUCGUUGAUGGCAGACGAGCUCAUCGAAGCUUACCCCAAUGCCAAGAUCAUCCUCACCACGCGCGACGUCGACAAAUGGCAGCACUCUAUGAAAGAAUCUGUCGAUGUGGCUGCUAAAUGGAAGACGUUUGAUUACCUGGCAUCUUGGGAUCCGGAUCGCAUUGGCCUUUGGUGGAAAUACCACAAGUACCAACAUUCGCUGCGGCCCAUUUUGGCCCCCAAUGGGGAGAGGCAGGCAUAUCUUGACCACUACAAGCACAUCAACAAAAUAGUUCCCCCGGAGCGCUUGCUGAACUAUCAUGUCAGUGAGGGCUGGGAACCGCUGUUGAGCAACGGCAUUGGUGGGAUGGAAGAGGAGAUGGACAAUUUCUUCACUACCUCUCCAUGCAUACCUCUAAAUGACUAG